AUGAAGAUGCAUAUGAUCCCCAACCGCCGCGACCCACCCCCCUACAGCUCAACUGACCCGCUUCAAGCGACGAAUGGUAUCACCAACGAUAGGUAUACAUACUUAAACAAGUACAAUUUUAGCGAAAUCCCCACAGUCAUAGUAAAUCUCAUCCGCUCGUAUAUCAAGCUCAAGACCAAAAAGAGAAGGAUACCGCCAUCCGCAGAGGAGCUGGAGCGCAUAGCGCGGGGAUACGUUGUUACUACAGCGACUAGAGCAGCCACGCUGGCAAAGAAAUCGUCACGCCAGGAAAGUCUUUCCGGGCCUAAGCAGGUCAAAGAUCUCAUGACGCUCGGGCUCUACCAGACAGUGAUAUAUCUCGAUGACAGCGGCUCGAUGAACAACGGCAGCCGAAUCCAUGAUAUGAAAAAGGUCGUCAAGCGCAUCGUCAAUAUCGCCACCAAAAUCGAUCCUGAAGGCAUCAGCAUACGAUUCAUGAACGCCAGGGACGAUAGCAGACACGACCAUAUCUGCAGGACGAGUGAAUCGCGAGAGAUCAUGAGAAAGGUGACAUUUGGCGGGCUGACGCCACUGGGCGAGAUGCUGAGGAAGAAGAUACUGAAUCCCAUGGUUUACGACGCGGUGAGAAGUAACAAUAUGACAAGACCGCUUUUGGUCAGCGUAAUUACAGAUGGAAAGCCAUACAAGGAGCGUGUAGACACAUUCAAGGAGGAAAUCCUCGAAUGCAGGAGAUUUCUAUUGAGGAAAGGAUUUCCGGAGAACGCCGUUCUGUUCCAGAUCAGCCAGAUAGGCGACUCAGAAGACGCUGCAAAGUUUAUUAAAGGGCUCGAUAGAGAGAGGGAUCUUAGGAGCAUUCUAUAUUGCACAUCACAAACACUCGAUGUGCAAUUGUCUUAUUAUCGGAGGAGGAAGAGGGACAUGGAGAAGUGGCUACUAAAGACCCUUAUAUACCCGAUGAACGCAUAUGGAGAUAGAAGGAACGCCAAUUAA